AUGGUUCUCAUAUCCAACGUUCACGUGGGCUCUGGAGUGCUUGUCGGAUACGCGGAAGGCAUCCUGUAUAGUACAGGGUUGCGCGUGCACCCCAUCCGUCUGUCAAAGGGAAUCACGUUCUCUACGAUCGAUGACAAAUACAUUACGUCGACCAAAGCAACGCUCCUUGCGUUUCCUUACCUGCUGACAAACAAGAGCGGUAUCUACAAGGAAAUUAUUAAUAUCGUAUACGACAGUAUGUUGACCACGAAGGGAUAUCUGGGGCUAUCAGCAACGUUACGAGGUGUCGUCAGAAGCGAUACUACUACGAUAAAGCUCUAG